AUGGGUCACCCUGAAGAAGUCGAUGUUAUUGUAGCAGGAGGCGGUCCAGCAGGAUGCGUCGUCGCUGGCAGGUUGGCCUACGCCGAUCCCACCUUGAAGGUCAUGCUCAUUGAGGGAGGAGCCAACAACCGUGACGAUCCUUGGGUAUACAGACCCGGAAUCUAUGUCAAGAAUAUGCAGCGCGACGGGAUUAACGACAAGGCGACCUUUUACACAGAUACUCAAGAGUCUCCCUACUUACGAGGCCGACAAAGCAUCGUUCCAUGCGCCAAUAUCCUCGGCGGUGGAAGCAGCAUAAAUUUCCAGAUGUACACCAGGGCAUCCGCAUCUGACUGGGACGACUUCAAGACUGAGGGUUGGGAGGCCAAAGGCACAAUAUUAACGAGAGGCAAUAUAGAUCUCCUGCCUUUGAUGAAACGACUGGAGAACUACCAAAAACCUGUUAACAACGACACGCACGGAUAUGACGGCCCUAUCGCCAUUAGCAAUGGAGGGUCUAUCACUCCAUUGGCGCAGGACUUUUUGAGGGCGGCAGAUGCUGUGGGUAUCCCAUUCAGCGAUGAUAUCCAAGACCUUGAUACAUCCCAUGCCUCGGAGAUCUGGGCCAAGUACAUUAACAGACAUACAGGCCGACGUAGCGACGCAGCCACUGCUUAUGUUCACAGCGUCAUGGACGUCCAGAACAACUUAUACUUGCGCACCAACUCCCGCGUUUCCCGAGUCAUAUUCGAGGGUAACAAGGCUGUUGGAGUGGCGUACGUGCCUGCUCGCAACAGGGCAGACGGGGGCAGGCUCUGUGAGACCAUUGUGAAGGCGCGCAAGUAUGUUGUCUUGAGCAGUGGGACCCUUGGAACGCCCCAAAUACUGGAACGCUCCGGUGUUGGCGAUGCGAAAUUGCUUAAGAAGUUGGAUUUGAAAGUAGUCAGUGAUCUUCCUGGUGUUGGAGAGCAGUAUCAGGAUCAUUAUACCACUCUUACAUUGUACCGCGUCUCGAAUGAGAGCUUCACUCUAGACGACUUUUUGAGAGGAGACAAGGAAGCCCAGAAGGAGCUGUUUGCAGAAUGGGAGACGAGUCCUGAGAAGGCCAGGUUGUCGUCUAAUGCUAUCGAUGCAGGUUUCAAGAUUCGCCCGACCGAGGAAGAGCUCAAGGAAAUGGGUCCGGAGUUUAAUGAGUUGUGGAACAAGUACUUCAAGGACAAGCCCGACAAACCGGUUAUGUUCGGUUCAAUUGUGUCAGGAGCUUACGCCGAUCACAGUCUUCUCCCUCCUGGGAAGUUCCAAUACCUCGAAUACCCUGCCAGCCGUGGAAAGAUCCACAUCAAGUCACAGAACCCAUACCAAGAGCCUUUCUUUGACAGUGGCUUCAUGAACAAUAAAGCCGACUUCGCCCCGAUCCGUUGGAGCUACAAGAAGACUCGUGAGGUCGCUCGUAGGAUGGAUGCCUUCCGAGGAGAACUUACUUCCCAUCAUCCUCACUUCCAUCCUGCGUCGCCUGCUGCUGCCAAGGAUAUAGACAUCAGGACGGCGAAGGAGCUGCUCCCGGACGGAUUUACUGUUGGAAUUCAUAUGGGCACUUGGCAUAAACCGGGCGAGACAUAUGACGCGAACAAGGUUCACGAGGACAUCAAGUACAGCGAGGAAGACGACAAGGCGAUCGAUAACUGGGUCGCUGAUCAUGUCGAGACGACCUGGCACAGUCUGGGGACAUGCGCCAUGAAAGCCAGAGAGGAAGGCGGAGUCGUCGACAGUCGUCUUAACGUAUAUGGAACUCAAAACCUGAAAUGCGUGGAUUUGAGCAUCUGUCCUGACAACUUGGGUACGAACACCUAUUCCUCGGCUCUGUUGGUUGGAGAGAAGGGCGCCAGUCUUUUGGCGGAAGACAUGGGCCUCAAGAUCAAGACACCGCAUGCACCUGUACCACACGCGCCAGUCCCGACAGGUGCGCCUAUGACCCAGCAAGUUCGAUGA